AGCAACAACCACAACCGUACCAACAACUACUACUACUACUGCAGCAACAACCACAACAACUGUACCACUCAUCGGAACUAUUCCAGCAACUACUACUUCUACUGUACACCUCACAACAAUUGUACCCAGUAUCCCUGCCCUUAGUAAGCAACCUCUGCAGUUCUCUUUUCUAGUGGACCCGCCCAUAUCUUCAUGUCAGGAGGGACAUUACCUGCCUAAACUUAUGACUCCAACACCUGCACAUGGAGAACGGAUCGAGGCCGAGGUCAGCAAAGAGAUGGAGAUCAGAGUCAAAGCACAUGCAGCUUAUUCAACGAUCUUUGACAUCAUCUUCAGUGGACCAUCAGCCAUCACCAAGCACAGGGACGUUAACAACGACUUUGUCCUCAGGUGGACACCAGUUGAAGAUGACCUGGGAGAUCAUUUCCCAAUCUGCUUUGUUGUGGAAUCAGUGAGCGGGUCACGUAUCUAUCAGUCUGAGAUGAGGUGUGUUCUGGUGGAAGUCCGAAAGGCACAAAUUGAAGCCACCGUGACCUGCACUGAAACCACAAUGAAGGUGGAGGUUGAGAAAGAUUCCUUCUUUGGACUCCAGGAGGAACAUCUUCGCCUCAGUGACCCCAGCAACACCAUCUGCAGCCUUGAUAGACUCUCCAACAACACUCACAUAGUCGCCAUCAUCCCCCUCAACGGCUGCGGUACUGAGAUCGAGGAAGACGAUGAUUACCUCAUUUUCAAGAAUGAGAUCACCACAGUGGAGGACGACCCGAAUGAGCUGAUCACCAGGAAGCACCUGGUGGAGGCCCGGUUCUACUGCCAGUACCCCAAACGGGGCAAUGUGACCCUGAGCUUCUCAGCACACAGAAAGAACGUCACAGUAUGGGAGAAAGGCUUCGGCAAGUUCACCUACCAGUUUGAGUUCUACCAGGAUGACCAGUUUGGACCCAUUUAUGACCCAAACUUUUACCCACUGGAGUUUGACGUCGGAGACAGGAUCUACAUGCAGAUAGAUGCCAGCACCUCUAUCAACAACACAGAGAUGUUUGUGGAGUCCUGCAGAGCUGCACCGUAUGACAACCCCAACUUCCACCCAACCUACUCCAUCAUUGAGAACGGAUGCAAAGUUGACCAGACUGUGCAGACCCAUCCCACCUCCAACGACAGACAGUUCAGGUUCAGCAUGGAUGCCUUCAAGUUCAUCGGGCUGCAUGAUCAGGUGUACAUCAGCUGCACAGUCAUGAUGUGUGAAGCAGGGAACCCCAACACCAGGUGCUCACGGGGAUGCAUGAACUCCACAUGGUCCAAUGUCCGCAGAAAGAGAGAGGCUAUGAUCCAGAGUGGAAUGCACUUUGUUUCCCAGGGUCCUCUGCGUCUGAAGCGUGAAGCAGACCUCAGAGGAGGCUCAGCGUUCAACCUGAACCUGAACCUGGUCUUUGUUGCUGGAUGUCUUCUUGUUGCCGUUGGGAUGGUCUGCGGCGUCCUCAUCUACAAAACCAAAGCCUCCAGGGUCAAAUAUCAACCUCUGUCCUCCUACGAAAACUAAACCUGCUGCAUCUGCCAGGCUGCUUGGAUCAUUAGAAUGUGGGAUUCUGGGUGUUUCUGAACCAAUUUUGUCUUUUUAAAAUUGAAUAAAGAUGCAAACAGCAUUCAUUUAACAACUGUUUUUGUGAAUGCUGAAUUGUAAGCCGAUGCAAAAGGAAAUAUGUGAUUUUUUUUAUUAACCAAUACUGAAGGAAAGACAUCCACUUGGUACUACAACUGAUGUCAGUUAAUGUUCUGUCAAAAAGAUUUACUUUCUUCUCCUUUUCUGUAUUACAAUGUGAUAUGAAGACAGUAGCACAGAUGAAAUGUUUGUUUCUGUUCACCUAAAUUCAGUUAUGUUACUUUGAAAGAAAUUGUAUUUUUGUCUUAUUAUCUUGCUAUGUGUGGAAUGGGGGUGUUUCUAAAUGGAGUAAUUAAAUUACCGCUAUAAUGAUUAA